AUGUAUUCGCAUUCGUCAUGGUCGAGUUUGGCGCUGCUGGCCAGCUUGUUGGGAAAGAUGGAUGCGUAUCCUACACAAUCGUUUCUUGGGAUGAGUUCGCCGGAAUCGCUCUCACUUUCCACCCACCACCAAUCACAAUCACAACUACCACCCCAAACUCCCCGUACCCUCUACACAACCCCAUCUUCCUCCUCUCCAGAUCUCCACCCCUCCCGCUCCGGAACCAUAAACGUCCGUCCACCCAUCUCCCACUUUUCCACCUCACCAUCACCCAUUUCUAUCCCCUUCACUCUCACAUCCACCUGUCCCAACCUUCACCUCGACUGGACCUGUCUCACCACCGAUCUCCUCUCCAAUCUCCUCCUCCUCUACCCCUCCGGCCCAACUUCUAGUCCCUAUUACACAUUUUCUCCUGGCACUCCCGCUCAAGACUCAUCCUCAUCCUCUUCCUCCCCAUCACAAGACACCUACACCAUCUCUUCCAGCAUUCUCCUCCCCACCAAAACCGAAGGAACAGAAUUCAAGUCUUCCCUCUACAUCUUCAUUUCCCCCGCUUCUCACGCAGGCAUCGCGGGGAUAUCGAAAGGGGAAUGGAGAAGUUUCAUGGGGUUGCUUCAUGGGGUUAAUAAGGGAUUGGAGAGAGAAAUGAAGGGAACGGGAUGGGGAAGUUUAGCGAUGGAAGGGGAGUUUCCUUUUCUGAAAACUCCUUACUCUGAGAAGAAGGGACGUGGGAAUAGAGGGGCGAGGAGAGAGAAGUUGGGGCCUUCGGAUAUUAUUUUUCCUUCUUCUUCUUCUUCUUCUUCUUCUUCUACUUCUCCCUCGGAGAACGAAGAGGAAAAACCAGCAUAUCCACGUGAUGUGGUCAAAAACUGGGAAGAAGAGGAACAGGAAUUGAAAACGAAGAGAGAGGGAAAAGAGGAAGAAGAAAUCUCCUUCUCGUACAAGAUUACGUGGGUAUACUACGGAAUAACGAGAGAUGAGAGCGGAAGGGAGAUAUUACGAGAAUGUGCGCAGAUGCCUGAGGGAGUAGAAAUGGACUUUGAGAGUGAGGGGCCUGUGAAGAAAAUGAGUGCUCCUGAGGGGAAAGGGCAAGAAGAGAAAGAGGAGAAGAGUAGGGAUUCGGACGUGGUGCAACAGGGAGAGGAAGAGCAAAGAUGGAAAAUAGAUUUAUAG